GAACUAGAGAUGGGAGCUCACUCUAGUAAUCAGAGCAAGGAGCACAUCAUUAUCUCAAAUGACACUGAAAGAUACCUGACUAGUGUAUGGCUGGCCUGGUUUGUUCCUUCAGUCCACACUCUUGUAGUUGCUCUGAGCCUUCCUCUGAACCUCAUGGCAAUCUUUAUGUUUGUGGUCAAAAUGAAGCUUAAGAAACCAGCCAUCGUGUACAUGCUCAACCUGGCUUCUGCUGAUGUGCUCUUUGUGAGUACACUACCUUUUAAGAUUUCCUACCAUUUUUCUGGACACAACUGGAUCUUUGGACCUGAAAUGUGCCGCUUUGUCACUGCCGCCUUCUACUGCAACAUGUACUGCUCCAUACUGCUGAUGACGGCGAUAAGCAUUGAUCGUUUCCUGGCAGUGGUGUACCCGAUGCAGGCUCUGUCAUGGCGCACGGUGAGGCGAGCCUCUGUGGCAUGCUGUGUCAUCUGGCUUGUAGCCAUAGCUGGAGUUAUCCCUCUGCUUAUCAUGGAACAAACACAGAGAAUCCCUCAAUUAAGUAUUACUACUUGCCAAGAUGUGCUAGAUUUAUCUGUUGUGUUGGAGAUACUUCGUUAUUAUUUUUCCGCGUCAACUAUUUUAUUCUUUUUUAUACCAUUAAUAAUUUCUGUCUCCUGUUAUGUUUGCAUUAUAAGGAACCUUAGCUCAUCUAAAACUAUUGCUGAAAAACCUGGUAAGAAGAGGCGGGCCAUACUCUUGUCUGCAGCUGUCUUGUGUUCUUUUAUUUUUUGUUUUGGGCCAACAAAUGUAUUGGCUUUGAUGCAAAACUUACUUCUUUCACCCGAUCAAAGGUUUGAGGGUCUCACUUUUGCCUACAUAUUAGCUGUCUCUGUUGGUACCCUCAGCUGUUGCACUGACCCUUUGCUCUAUUAUUAUGCUUCUUCUGAGUGUCAAAGGAAGGUCAGGAAUCUCUUUUGUCAGAAAAAGAAUUCUGAGCUUGAAAAAAGCAACCAGACAACAAGCAGUAAUAUGGCAACCUUUUCUAAUAGUUUGAAUAAUUUGUCUCAAGCAUAA